UAAAAGCAGAAUUCACUGUUCGAUGCUCUUUUGACGCCUUCCUCGCGAAGUCGUCGAAACCCCUUCCAAGCGAAGUAGCUUCUUAAUUGGGUUUUGCGCGAUAUUCUUAAAUGUGUAUAUAUAUAUGUUGCCAUUUGGGUCUCUUUCUAUAUGUGCGGAGAAAAAAAGCCUACUGUAGUCAACAUAGAGUUUCAACUCUCAGGUCAGAUACAGGUAGUAUUAAUUCAAUGGCUUACGUUCCUCCACAUAAGCGGCAUUCACUCGGCAAUGAGAGGCAGUCACCAAUUCCAGAGACAUUUGUUCCUCUCUUCAAGAGAAAUCUUAGUUUGAAAUUACCAGACUCUACAAUAAAUAGGAGCGGAAAGAUCGUAUAUGCAGAUCAUGCCAUAUCUAGAUGGUUUGCCAUUGGUUUGGAUGAUGAUAACCAAUUUCCUCCUUACAUUUGUCUUAAGCCAGCUUCCGUGGAAUCUGUUGAGCGCAGAUCAGGAGAAAAACCUCUAGUGUUGGUCAACAGUAUUGUACCUGAUGAGUAUUAUGAAGUGAGAGAGAAUUAUUUGACAAGUCCCUGGGUAACUAUAGCAGAAAAUGUACAGCAAGAUCUACUCACUUCUUUUGAAAUGCUGAAGAAUGAAAUGGACUAUCCAGGGUUGGAAAUAGUUAAGCCAACAUUGGUUGCUAGAUUCUGUAAAAUUCUUUUUCAUGGGAGCCCUCAGUUACGCUUAGGAAACGUUGAGAAAAAUCAGGUUGAUGAAACCAUUUUGAAACGAUUGAAAAGAUCAAUUUACACAAAUCUUCCUCCUUCAUAUAUGGAACUAAUUAUAGAUGAAGUUGUUCCAAAGAUUGGGGUUGAUUUUGAAGAGGAAAAGGAAGUCUAUCAUGUGAAGUUGUCUGAUAACACGCGGCCUGAUUCAACUAUUUCAUGCAAAUGUAGUGUAAAGACAGAUAAAAAGCUACUGCUCUACAAGGUUGAACUAAACCAAGUGCGCCAGAUGGUCACGGAUAUAUUGUGCCUUGAUAGGAAUCUAGACCUCAGGCUAAUGCUAUGCACCAAGAGGAUCCUAACUGCUCUUACAGUUGAUGAGAUGAAUAAAAUAAGAGAUCUGAUUGAUUCUGCAGUUUUGGAUUCAGACGUGAAGGGUGGGUUGAGAUGGCCCCUGGGGAAGACAACUUCUGGAAAUAGAUACACUGUAGUGGGGGUUUGGCAUACUAUAGCUAAAGCCUACAAAAAUCCAUCAGUUAGGCUCAAAGUAAGACAUGCUGAUCGAUUUGAUUUUAGGACUGGAACUGGAGAAUCUACAAGGGAAAUUUAUCUGAAGUUGAAAGGAGUAGUGUCACAAUUGCAGGAACAGGGAGCAGAAAGUGAUGCAGUCUCUAAUAUGCUUAAAGACAACUUAAGGCUGAUAUGGGAGCACUUCUUAAACUGCAAACGGUUUUUAUCAUGAAAAACAUGUUAUCAGUUCACCUCCUCUCUGUAAAUAGUGUUCGUUUUUGAAUGACAGUUGAAGAAUGUAAUGUUGUUUUUUUAAAAUGGGGAGGGAUUUUUGAAGAAGACAAUGUUUUAAGUGUUUGAAGGAUCUGCUUCUCUUUAAAUGCAAUAAUGCCCUGUAAUUUUGUUCAUCUCUCUCUGUUGUAUUGCUCUUCUGGAUAAGCUUUCUUUGAUUUA